AUGUCUACUCCAGAUGUAUCGCUUGGUCAGGUUAGACCAGAUACCUCUGAGAAUGGGUCGAAUAGGCUCGAACGCGAAAAGCCCUCCGCUGAAUUCCCUGAAGGUGGCGCUCGAGCUUGGAUGGUGGUUUUGGGUGCAUUCUGUGUGUCAUUUUCAACUUUCGGAUACAUGAACGCUUUUGGGGUCUACCAAGAUUACUACGCCAAACACUACCUGUCCAACGAAACUUCAUCCAAUAUUUCUUGGAUUGGGUCUGUUCAGAUCUGCUUUCUGUUUUCUGGUAGCCUUAUUGGUGGGCCAUUGUUCGACCGCUACGGUGCUUCGAUCAUUCAUGUCCCUGCGAUCGCUGUCGUAUUGUCGGUGAUGACGACAUCCUUGUGCAAGAGAUACUACCAAUUCAUGUUUGUCCAGGGAAUCUUAGGUGGAAUCGCUUCUGGCAUGUUAUUCGCUCCUGUCAUGACAUGUGUGAGCCACUACUUUCAUAAACGACGUGCUGCAGCUCUCGGCAUGACGGUAUCCGGGUCAUCCAUCGGCGGAGUCAUAUUCCCUAUUGCCUUGAGCAAAAUGCUGGCAAACGAAUCCCUAGGAUUCGGCUGGUCCGUCCGCAUUGUGGGAUUCAUUAUCUUGUUCAUGUUAUUGAUAGCAAUGGCAACCGUACGAGAACGACUUCCCCCUCGCCAGGGUAAAGUCCUCUUACCAUCAGCUUUUACUCGCGCUCCUUACACUCUUGUCACGCUUGGGAUUUCGUUCAUGAUGUGGGGGCUUUUCACUCCGUUCUUCUAUCUCCCGCAAAAUGCGCAUUCUCACGGCAUGGAUUCGCAGCUUUCUUCUUAUCUUUUGUCUAUUCUUAAUGCCGCCUCGGUCUUUGGCAGAAUCCUGCCGGGUCUGGUUGCAGAUGAGAUCGGUCGGUUCAACAUCCUGAUCCUCAACAGUCUUUGUACGGGGGUUCUACUUUUGUGUUGGAUCGGGAUCACUUCAAACACAUCAAUCAUUGUAUUUGCAGUUCUGUAUGGCUUCUUUUCUGGCGGAAUUGUUUCUCUCAUGUCUCCUUGCAUCGCCCAAGUGACCCCAAGUCCGGACCAGAUUGGCGCUCAUCUUGGCAUGUCCAUGGCAGUCGUUGGUAUUGCCGGUCUGACUGGAACUCCGAUAUGCGGUGCUUUGCUUGAGAGGUACGGAGUGUAUACACAGCCCGCGAUUUUCAGCGGUGUGGUGAUGUUGGCCGGAGUUGUCCUUGUCGUUGUGGCGAGGUUGUAUCUACAGGGAAAGGUUCUGGCAGUUAUGUGA